AUGCGCUGCAAAAAGCUUGAGGAGAAUUGCUUGAAAGGUCACACAAGGCAUCUAUUCGCUCAGGUGAAGAACAUCCAAAUGCCUUUCUCUGCUCAUAAAGGAACAAUCAAAAACAAGGACAGAACCGAAGCAUACGACCAGCAAGGUAUAAGGCACAGGUGGAUAGAAUACACUGAAGAGCUGUAUGCAUGCGAAAAUGAACCCGGGACUUUGCAGAAUGAUGACGCGCUGGAAUUAGAACCACCGAUCAUGGAAGCGGAAGUUGCAUUGGCCAUCAAGCAGCUUGCUAAGAACAAAGCUCCGGGCAUAGAUAACAUCCCAGUGGAAUUAUUGCGCCCUGUACCAUUGGCAGUCAUCACGACCCUGUGUCAAAAGAUCUGGGAAUCUGGCAAAUGGCCGAGAGACUGGAAAAGAUCCAUAUUUAUCCCGUUACUGAAAAAAGGUGACACCCGAGAUUGCUCGAAUUAUCACACAAUAGCUCUGAUCCCGCAUGCGAGCAAAGUGCUCCUAAAGAUCAUACAGGAGUGGCUGAGGUCAACAAUCGAGGCAGAAUUGCCCGAUGUACAAGCAGGUUUCAGGCGGGGACGCGGCACUCGUGACCACAUCGCAAACCUGCGUUGGAUCAUUGAAAGAUGUCGGGAAUAUCAAAAUAAGAUCUACCUGUGCUUCAUAGACUACACAAAGGCAUUUGCAUUGACCAUAUGCAACUGUGGGAAGCCUUAA